UACAAGACACACGAUGACAUGGCGACUGAAUGAAAGAUUUGAAUGGGAUUCAAGAAAAUCGCAUCGCUAAAAUUAAUUAACCUUAAUAUAACAAAAACUAUUUAUCCAAUCGGUACAAUUGAUCGUAAUCGUUUAUUUGUUUGAGGGUAGGCGGGAAGUGAAAAGUGGCAAGUUGGGAGGUGUUUGAUGUUUCGCAACCAAGAUCUCUCUCGGCCCAACUUGAUCGAAGAUAGGGCUGGCCCGGUUUGGAGGUUUCUUCGUUCCGUCCGACGCAUCCUGCUGACACUGUUGUGGAAGUGGAAUUAUUCAAGCCUGUUUUCGAAUACUGUCGCCAUGUCUGAUGUCAUCGAGGGUUUGCAGGCAGAGAGCAGCGAUCUGGCACGACGUCUUAAAGGCCUAACCGACGAUCAGGCGAAGGAGGACGCGUUGGUGAAGUACUUCGACCAGUUGGACGUCUUCGGUGUCACUCUCGUCCAGUUCGACUUUCCGUUGGACCUAGACUGGAUCAACACUACCCGGCCGCUAUCCCUGAGAGGCGAACUCAACGGGAAGGUGGUCCUACUAGACUUCUUCACCUACUGCUGCAUCAACUGCAUGCAUGUCCUGCCCAGCCUGAGACUCCUCGAACAAGAGUUUCCCAUUUCUGAAGGCUUCAUCGUGGUUGGUGUACAUAGUGGGAAAUUUACAAAUGAAAAGGAUGUGCACAACAUAGAACAUGCCGUUCGACGAUAUGGAUUGCUUCACCCAGUUGUCAACGACCAAGACAACCAGUUCUGGAAUAUGUUAGGCUGCACUUGCUGGCCUACUCUCUGUUUAAUAAGCCCUUUUGGCAGCCCUUUUUUGAUACUGAUGGGCGAAGGACACUAUGAAACUCUGAGAUCAGUGAUAAAAUUUGCCCUAAAAUUUUACAAAGGGAACCUGAACGUUGACCCGUUGAGUGAAAUAAUUGUCCCUCGAAAAAAUGUCGGCGGUUGCCUCAGUUUCCCCGGUAAGGUCACCGUCAGCCCUGACGGCUCUUACAUUGCCAUUGCAGACACGCACAAUCACAGGAUUCUAAUUGUGGGUUCAAAAAACAGUCAGAUAUUGGAUAUAAUAGGGACAAAAGAGUCAGGUUUUGCUGACGGUUCAUACAAAGAUGCAAAGUUCUUCGACCCUCAGGGGUUGUGUUGUGGUCCCGACAAUGUUUUAUAUGUUGCCGACACCGAAAAUCAUGCCAUUAGAGUGAUCGACCAGAAUAAACGGACAGUGGCUACUUUGGUCGGUAAUGGCCAGCAAGGGACAAAUUACAUAGGUGGCCUUGAUGGGACUGUCCAAGAAAUUUCAUCACCGUGGGAUGUCCUGCUCCACAAUGACAUACUUUUCAUCGCGAUGGCUGGUACACACCAGAUUUGGGGCUAUGCUUUGCAAGAUGUCUACCUAUGGGGCCGAAACCUUUCAAAAGGGAAGUGUUAUGCCUUGGUCGGAAGCGGGAAGGAGGAGAACAAAAACAACACGAGGCCUUUGCUCGCUGCUCUAGCCCAGCCAUCAGGACUCACCGUCUCCAAUGAAGGUGUGCUUUACUUUGCCGACAGUGAAAGUUCAGCUGUAAGGCGUGUCAGGCUCAAUUACGGCAACGUCGAAGGUGUCGUAGGAGGUCAUUUAAAUCCCUCUAAUCUUUUUGCCUUUGGGGACGUUGACGGUGUUGGGAACGCGGCAAAAUUGCAACACCCGCUUGAUGUAGCCUACUGUUCAAAUGAUGACAAAGUAUACGUAGUUGAUUCAUAUAAUCAUAAAUUGAAGGUAAUUAAUACCAAAACUAAAACAAUUACGACUGUUACUCCGUCUAACUCUGUUCAGUUCAACGAACCUGGAGGUAUUGCAUGUCAUCAAAAUCUAAUUUAUAUAGCUGAUACCAACAACCAUUGUAUAAGAAUUUUCAACACUGAUACUAAAUAUGUUUCAACUAUGGACAUUAAAGAAAUUAAAGGGAAACAAUCUAUAUCUGGUGGGUUAUUCAAAGAUCAUCUUUAUGACUCGCACAUUGUAGUGAAUCAAAAAGGAUCUCUUGAAAUCAAGGUUGAACUCACUCUUCCAGAAGGAGUUGGGCUGACUCGCAAUGCUCCUUCUAAUUGGUCUCUUCUUCUCAAUGAUGAAAAGUUAUUUGUACAAGAUGAGGAAUUUUCGCUCACCAAAUCCUGGAUAGUAAAAGUAAAUAAGAUGGUGAACUCCAAUGCUUUGAUUAAGUGUCGUAUAUUCCUCUGCUCUGACAGUAGGUGCUCUGUCAAAGAACUGAAAUUUCGAAUUGGUCUUAAGUUUGACGACUCGGCACCCAUGUUGGUCAAUUACAAUAUAAGUCAUACGGUGGAGUGAUUGAAACUUUUAUUUUUUAACCUUACAUUGUCAGUGAUGCACGACAAAUUUAUAUUAAUUUUAAAAAUAUCUAAUUAACCAAAGAGGCUUAUUUGUACUAGCAAUGUUUUAACAUUUUUAUAAGAACAUAAUAGAUACUUAAUUUUUACAAACCUGUUUUUUGUAUUUUUC